CUAUAGGUGGAGAUACACUCAGUGGGGUAGCAGGUGAUCCGAUAGGUGGAGAUCCUCUCAGUGGGGUAGCAGGUGUCCCUACGGUUGCGGAAACACUCAGUGGGGUACCAGGUGUCCCUAUGGUUGGGGAUACACUCAGUGGGGUAGCAGGUGUCCCUAAAGGUGGAGAUCCUCUCAGUGGGGUAGCUGGUGUCCAUAUUGUUGGAGAGCCUCUCAGUGGGGUAGCAGGUGUCCCUAUACUUGGUGGCGGAGUAGUUGUCCCUAUAGGUGGAGAGACACUCAGUGGGGUAGCAGGUGUCCCUAAAGGUGGAGAUAUACUCAGAGGAGCAGCAGGUGUCCCCUUAGGUGGAGAUCCACUCAGUGGGGGAGUAGGCAUCCCUAUAAGUGGAAACACACUCAGUGGGGUAGCAGGUGUCCCUAUAGGAGGAGAUGUACUUGAUGGUGGGGUAGGUGUCCCUAUAGGUGGAGACACACUCAGUGGGGUAGCAGGUGAUCGGAUAGGUGGAGAUCCUCUCAGUGGGGUAGCAGGUGUCCCUACGGUUGGGGAUACACUCAGUGGGGUAGCAGGUGUCCCUACAGUUGGGGAUACACUCAGUGGGGUACCAGGUGUCACUAUGGUUGGGGAUACACUCAGUGGGGUAGCAGGUGUCCCUACAGUUGGGGAUACACUCAGUGGGGUAGUAGGUGUACCUAAAGGUGGAGAUAUACUCAGAGGAGCAGCAGGUGUCCCCUUAGGUGGAGAUCCACUCAGUGGGGGAGUAGGCAUCCCUAUAGGUGGAAACAGACUUAGUGGGGUAGCAGGUGUCCCUAUAGAAGGAGAUGUACUUGAUGGUGGAGUAGGAGUCCCUAUAGGUGGAGAGACACUCAGUGGGGUAGUAGGUGUCCCUACAGUUGGGGAUACACUCAGUGGGGUAGCAGGUGUCCCUAAAGGUGGAGAUAUACUCGGAGGGGCAGCAGGUGUCCCCUUAGGUGGAGAUCCACUCAGUGGAGGAGUAGGCAUUCCUAUAGGUGGAAACAGAUUCAGUGGGGUAGCAGGUGUCCCUAUAGAAGGAGAUGUACUUGAUGGUGGAGUAGGAGUCCCUAUAGGUGGAGAGACACUCAGUGGGGUAGUAGGUGUCCCUACAGUUGGGGAUACACUCAGUGGGGUAGCAGGUGUCCCUAAAGGUGGAGAUAUACUCGGAGGGGCAGCAGGUGUCCCCUUAGGUGGAGAUCCACUCAGUGGAGGAGUAGGCAUUCCUAUAGGUGGAAACAGAUUCAGUGGGGUAGCAGGUGUCCCUAUAGGAGGAGAUGUACUUGAUGGUGGAGUAGGUGUCCCUAUAGGUGGAGAAACACUCAGUGGGGUAGCAGGUGUCCCUACGGUUGGGGACACACUCAGUGGGGUAGCCGUUGUCCCAAUAGAUGGAGAUGUACUCGGAGGAGUAGCAGGUGUCCCUAUAGGUGGGGAUCCUCUCAGUGGGGUAGCAGGUGUUUCUACGGUUGCAGAACCACUCAGUGGGGUAGCAGGUGUCCCUACAGUUGGGGAUAUACUCAGUGGGGUAGCAGGUGUCCCUACAGUUGGGGAUACACUCAGUGGGGUAGCAGGUGUCCCUACGGUUAGGGAUACACUCAGUGGGGUAGCAGGUGUCCCUACAGUUGGGGAUACACUCAGUGGGGUACCAGGUGUCACUAUGGUUGGGGAUACACUCAGUGGGGUAGCAGGUGUCCCUACAGUUGGGGAUACACUCAGUGGGGUAGUAGGUGUACCUAAAGGUGGAGAUAUACUCAGAGGAGCAGCAGGUGUCCCCUUAGGUGGAGAUCCACUCAGUGGGGGAGUAGGCAUCCCUAUAGGUGGAAACAGACUUAGUGGGGUAGCAGGUGUCCCUAUAGGAGGAGAUGUACUUGAUCGUGGGGUAGGUGUCCCUAUAGGUGGAGACACACUCAGUGGGGUAGCAGGUGAUCGGAUAGGUGGAGAUCCUCUCAGUGGGGUAGCAGGUGUCCCUACGGUUGGGGAUACACUCAGUGGGGUAGCAGGUGUCCCUACGGUUGGGGAUACAUUCAGUGGGGUAGCAGGUGUCCCUAAAGGUGGAGAUCCUCUCAGUGGGGUAGCUGGUGUCCAUAUCAGUGUAGAGCCUCUCAGUGGGGUAGCAGGUGUCCCUAUACUUGAUGGCGGAGUAGUUGUCCCUAUAGGUGGAGAGACACUCAAUGGGGUAGCAGAUCUCCCUAUAGGUGGAGAGACACUCAGUGGGGUAGUAGGUGUCCCUACAGUUGGGGAUACACUCAGUGGGGUAGCAGGUGUCCCUAAAGGUGGAGAUAAACUCGGAGGGGCAGCAGGUGUCCCCUUAGGUGGAGAUCCACUCAGUGGAGGAGUAGGCAUUCCUAUAGGUGGAAACAGAUUCAGUGGGGUAGCAGGUGUCCCUAUAGAAGGAGAUGUACUUGAUGGUGGAGUAGGAGUCCCUAUAGGUGGAGAGACACUCAGUGGGGUAGUAGGUGUCCCUACAGUUGGGGAUACACUCAGUGGGGUAGCAGGUGUCCCUAAAGGUGGAGAUAUACUCGGAGGGGCAGCAGGUGUCCCCUUAGGUGGAGAUCCACUCAGUGGAGGAGUAGGCAUUCCUAUAGGUGGAAACAGAUUCAGUGGGGUAGCAGGUGUCCCUAUAGGAGGAGAUGUACUUGAUCGUGGGGUAGGUGUCCCUAUAGGUGGAGACACACUCAGUGGGGUAGCAGGUGAUCGGAUAGGUGGAGAUCCUCUCAGUGGGGUAGCAGGUGUUCCUUCGGUUGCAGAAACACUCAGUGGGGUAGCAGGUGUCCCUACGGUUGGGGAUACACCCAGUGGGGUAGCAGGUGUCCCUAUAGAAGGAGAUGUACUUGAUGGUGGAGUAGGUGUCCCUACAGUUGGGGAUACACUCAGUGGGGUAGCAGGUGAUCCGAUAGGAGGAGAUGUACUUGAUGGUGUAGCAGGUGUCGCUACUGUUGGGGAUACACUCAGUGGGGUAGCAGGUGUCCCUACGGUUGGGGAUACACUCAGUGGGGUAGCAGGUGUCCCUACAGUUGGGGAUACACUCAGUGGGGUACCAGGUGUCACUAUGGUUGGGGAUACACUCAGUGGGGUAGCAGGUGUCCCUACAGUUGGGGAUACACUCAGUGGGGUAGUAGGUGUACCUAAAGGUGGAGAUAUACUCAGAGGAGCAGCAGGUGUCCCCUUAGGUGGAGAUCCACUCAGUGGGGGAGUAGGCAUCCCUAUAGGUGGAAACAGACUUAGUGGGGUAGCAGGUGUCCCUAUAGGAGGAGAUGUACUUGAUCGUGGGGUAGGUGUCCCUAUAGGUGGAGACACACUCAGUGGGGUAGCAGGUGAUCGGAUAGGUGGAGAUCCUCUCAGUGGGGUAGCAGGUGUCCCUACGGUUGGGGAUACACUCAGUGGGGUAGCAGGUGUCCCUACGGUUGGGGAUACAUUCAGUGGGGUAGCAGGUGUCCCUAAAGGUGGAGAUCCUCUCAGUGGGGUAGCUGGUGUCCAUAUCAGUGGAGAGCCUCUCAGUGGGGUAGCAGGUGUCCCUAUACUUGAUGGCGGAGUAGUUGUCCCUAUAGGUGGAGAGACACUCAAUGGGGUAGCAGAUCUCCCUAUAGGUAGAGAGACACUCAGUGGGGUAGCAGGUGUCCCUAUAGAAGGAGAUGUACUUGAUGGUGGAGUAGGUGUCCCUAUAGGUGGAGAGACACUCAGUGGGGUAGUAGGUGUCCCUACAGUUGGGGAUACACUCAGUGGGGUAGCAGGUGUCCCUAAAGGUGGAGAUAUACUCGGAGGGGCAGCAGGUGUCCCCUUAGGUGGAGAUCCACUCAGUGGAGGAGUAGGCAUUCCUAUAGGUGGAAACAGAUUCAGUGGGGUAGCAGGUGUCCCUAUAGGAGGAGAUGUACUUGAUGGUGGAGUAGGUGUCCCUAUAGGUGGAGAAACACUCAGUGGGGUAGCAGGUGUCCCUACAGUUGCGGAAACACUCAGUGGGGUAGCAGGUGUCCCUACAGUUGCGGAAACACUCAGUGGGAUAGCAGGUGUCCCUACGGUUGGGGACACACUCAGUGGGGUAGCCGUUGUCCCAAUAGAUGGAGAUGUACUCGGAGGAGUAGCAGGUGUCCCUAUAGGUGGGGAUCCUCUCAGUGGGGUAGCAGGUGUUCCUAUGGUUGCAGAAACACUCAGUGGGGUAGCAGGUGUCCCUAUGGUUGGGGAUACACUCAGUGGGGUAGCAGGUGUCCCUAUACUUGAUGGUGGAGUAGUUGUCCCUAUAGGUGGAGAGACACUCAGUGGGGUAGCAGGUGUCCCUACAGUUGGGGAUACACUCAGUGGGGUAGCAGGUGUCCCUAAAGGUGGAGAUAUACUCGGAGGGGCAGCAGGUGUCCCCUUAGGUGGAGAUCCACUCAGUGGGGGAGUAGGCAUCCCUAUAGGUGGAAACACACUCAGUGGGGUAGCAGGUGUCCCUAUAGGAGGAGAUGUACUUGAUGGUGGAGUAGGUGUCCCUAUAGGUGGAGAGACACUCAGUGGGGUAGCAGGUGUCCCUACGGUUGCGGAAACACUCAGUGGGGUAGCAGGUGUCCCUAUGGUUGGGGACACACUCAGUGGGGUAGCAGAUCUCCCUAUAGGUGGAGACACACUCAGUGGGGUAGCCGUUGUCCCAAUAGAUGGAGAUGUACUCGGAGGGGUAGCAGGUGUCCCUAUAGGUGGGGAUCCUCUCAGUGGGGUAGCAGGUGUCCCUAUAGGUGGAGAGACACUCAGUGGGGUAGCAGGUGUCCCUAUAGGAGGAGCGAUACUUGAUGGUGGAGUAGGUGUCCUUAUAGGUGGAGAUGUACUCGGAGGGGCAGUAGGUGUCCCCUUAGGUGGAGAUCCACUCAGUGGGGGAGUAGGCAUCCCUAUAGGUGGAGAUCCUCUCAGUGGGGGAGCAGGUGUCCCUAUAUGUGGUGGUCCUCUCAGUGGGGGAGUAGGUGUCUCUGUAGGUGAAGGUACGCUGGAUGGGGGAGCAGGAGAUACCGUCAGUGCUGUAGCCAAUGUCCCUAUAGAUGAAGGUGUGUUGGGAGAGAGAUCAGGGUCCCCUGUAGGUGGAGAUCUGCUCAGUGCAGGAACAGAUGUCGCUCUUGAGGGAGGGACGCUCAGUGUGACAGCAGGCCUCCCCGUCGGUGGAGGUUUGUCUGUGGGAGAAGAUCUGCCUGUCUUUGGAGAUUCGCUUCUCAGGAGAUAUCCGAGAGCUGUCCCACCUGCUGGAGAUCUGCCUGUCACGGGACCAAUUCCCGGGCGAGACAUCGGCCGUGCAGGCCUGCUGGGCGCCGAGCUAACCAAAGUGGUAGGGCUGAGAAUCGAGGAAGUCACUGCCCCUAACGUAACAGUGGACGUCUUAUCUAACAGUGUAUUGGAAAUUACCUUAAAAUUGAAACUACACAUUGCAGUUAAGAGUCCCCUUGACCUCUUAGGUGAAAUAAUUGAAGUUGAAGUGCUCAGGAACGUCACCAUUGCAAUCAGAAGGGGAGAUACCAGCCUCGUCCUUGAGGACUGCAAAACCCCUCUUGGUUACAUGGACAUCAAAGUUCUGGAAGCAUCUUCCCUGCCAUUGGAGAAUGAAAUCCUGACCCUCGUAACGUGUGUACUGGACAGAACCCUGCCUCAGAUCCUGCAAAAGAUUCUGUGCCCAGUGAUAAAUGCUGUCGUGUCCGGCUUGUAUGACGCAUCCUUAAGCAUAGCAAGACGUGCGACGUCCCCUCCUGCAGGAAACAGCCCAUCUUCCGUCUUUAAAAUGUCGUUUGACCCUGACAUCAUCGUGCUAGAACUGACCGGUCGCAGUCUUCUUGAACAAAUACUGCCUCUGCUUCCCGAAAAUACCACUGAGAAUGCUGCCCUGCUGCCUGUCCCCCAAGACUGAGCCUCAGUACCAGGGCCAUCACGUCUGGAGACUGCUGAGCUGUGUUUGUCCUGUUGCCUUAACGUCGACUUAAGCCUUUCACGCCUCCAAAAUGUUCCGCUGUUGUGAACCCUUAAGGGUAUUUCUUGGAAACAAACAUGCUUCUUUAUCUUUUGAAUCUUUGGAAAUGUAUGCUAAAUGUGAUCAUGAAUUCUAUUCUGGUGUUUGAUCCUAUGAAUUGUCUAUAUAAAAUUACAGCAUCGACUUCUACCCUGAACAGUAAAUUGUCAUAUCAUGGAUGACGAUACAGUAUUUCUCCUUCAAUAAAGAGGCUAUUCCCUCUUCCUCUCUA